GAGUCGUGAUAUUGUGUGUUGAUUUUGUGUGCUGUGGCUGCUGUGGCUGGCCUGGGCUCGUUUCAGCUGACGCUAUCCCCUUCCUUUUCCUUUCCGUUCUUGCUUGCCAUUGCACGAUUUCCAAAUACUGUGAAGUGCAAUGCCGGGUUUCUCCCCCAAGCCAGUGGUGAUCGAUGGGCGCGGCCAUUUGUUGGGCCGCCUGGCCUCGAUCACGGCCAAGUUCCUGUUGAACGGCAACAAAGUGGUGAUCGUCCGCACGGAAGGCAUCCAAAUGUCGGGCAACUUCUACCGUAACAAGCUGAAGUAUCUGAAGUUCUUGCGCUUGCGAUGCAACGUCAAGCCCCUACGUGGACCUUUCCAUUUCCGCGCUCCCGGAAAGAUCUUCUGGCGGACUGUGCGAGGUAUGGUGCCUCACAAGACCGAGCGUGGCAAGUUGGCUCUGAAGCGUCUGCAGACCUUCGAGGGCAUUCCCUCCCCUUACGACAAGAAGAAGCGCAUGGUGAUCCCGGCCGCUUUGAAAGUGCUCCGCCUCAAGCCCGGACGCAAGUUCUGCUCCUUGGGCCGACUCUCGCAUGAAGUGGGAUGGAAGUACCAGGACGUCGUGGCCACGCUCGAGGCCAAGCGAAAGGUCAAGUCCGAAGCUUAUUACAAGAAGGCCAAGACAUUGCGCAAAGUGCGCCUGGACACUCAGAAGGAGACUAAGGUGGCCAAGCGGCUCGCAGACUACGAGAAGGUCAUCCACAGUUUUGGUCAUGCCUAAAGGCUUCAAAUAAACACGUCCCCUAUGAGUAAAAGUGUCA